AUGACAGGGGAAAAGAGCAGGGCACUACGGUACAUCCAGCUCCUGAAGGAGAUGCUGAUGCUGGCAGCCUCCAAGGGCACGCGCCUUGUUCUGGACGAUCGAGACAUGCGCGGCGAUGCUUUGGAGUUCCAGGCCGUGUGCAGCUUCCUGAAAAAGGCAGUCUUUGUGGAAAAGGUGGAUCUCUCCAGGAACGACCUCGGAGCAGAGGAGGGUCAG